AUGACUGCCUCUCCACAAAUUCUCAGAACGGUUCUGCAGGUGAGACAAUGGCGUUUACAACGAUUGCUCAAUAGAGAAACAGUUGGGUUUGUUCCUACUAUGGGUGCACUUCAUGCAGGUCACUGCUCUCUUAUCUCUGCAUCAUUAGCAGAGAAUGACCACACCGUUGUUUCAAUAUUCGUGAAUCCUUCCCAAUUUGCCCCUCAUGAAGAUCUAGAUGCGUACCCAAGAACAUUGGAGUCGGAUUUGGACAAAAUCAACACCAAUUUUCAGGCUACUUCGAAGAAUGUACUGGCUAUCUUCGUUCCAAAGGUUUCAGAAAUGUACCCCUCUGGUAUCAACUUAGACGUCUCCAAACAAAAAGGUGCAUUUGUAUCGGUUUUAGGGGUUUCAGAGCAACUAGAGGGUGGUGCCAGACCUCAGUUCUUCCGUGGUGUGGCAACUGUAGUGUCCAAAUUAUUGAACGUAGUAACUCCUGAGACUGUCUACUUUGGGCAGAAAGAUGCUCAGCAAUGCGUGGUUAUCAAGAACUUGGUGAAGGAUAUGUUGAUAAACACAAACGUAAAGGUUUUACCGACCCUAAGAGAGCAAAAUGGGUUAGCUAUGUCUUCCAGAAAUGCUUACCUUUCUACAGAAGUCAAGGAUAAAAGCUCCAUGAUCUUCAAAGGCUUGGAGCAUGGUGAAAGUAUCUAUAACAAGUCAGUUAGCGAAGGCUCGAAGGAAGUUAAGUCCAGUGUUGUAUUAUCCGAUAUUCUUUCAUUCUAUAAGUCUGACAGUACCAGCAACUUCAUUGUGGAGUACUUAAAUGCCAGUCAUCCCGAAACUUUAGAAGAUUUAGAAACCAUUGUUCCCGGCGUUGGAGCAAUUGUUUCUACUGCCGUCAGAGUGCCUCGUGAAGGUGGUGGUGAAACAAGACUAAUCGAUAACAUCAUAUUAAAAUAG